GUGUGCAACAGACAUAUAGAAUUGAGGUUGAAUUUAUCCCUUUGAGUUGUGAGCAGUGAGCACAACUGACGCAACAAUGAGAGGCUGCGCAUUGCCGUUAACCAUCAACUUGUUACCUUUUCUUCAUCACAUUCAUUCAUUCCCAUCAUCUCACUCUUUCACCAUUCACAAUCCAACGCCAAUACUCUCUACAAUCCAUCUUCAUCGUCACCGAUUCCCUUCAAUUUUACUUCAUGCCCAACAACAACAACAACACCAACCACAUCAUGAUGAAGAACAAAGCUUUCAAGUAUUAACAUCUUUGAAAACUGAUUACAAUGAUAUCAUGAUAGUUGAUACCCCUAAAUCUAGAAUGCUUCUCCUUGAUUCAUCUCAUAAUGUUCAUAGCAUUCUUUACAAGGACACAAAAUGGACUAAUUCCUACUGGGAUGAAUUUGCCAGCUUGCCAGCCAUUGUUCCAGAAGGUCCCAUUGCUAUCUUAGGUUUGGGUGGUGGAACUGCUGCUCAUCUGAUGCUUGAAUUGUGGCCUUCACUGCAACUUGAAGGCUGGGAGAUUGAUGACAUUUUGAUCGAUAAAGCAAGAGAUUACUUUGGAUUAUCUGAUUUGGAGAAGACAACAGAAGACGGUGGCAUUCUAAAUGUUCAUAUUGGCGAUGUCUUUGCUCCCUCGGAGGAUUUGCACAAAAGAUAUGCCGGAAUUGUAGUUGACUUGUUCUCUGAUGGGAAAGUUUUGCCUCAGCUGCAAGAGGUUAGUACUUGGUUGGAAUUACAUGAUAGAUUGAUGGCUAAUGGUCGUUUUAUGGUGAACUGUGGCGGCAUCGAUAGAAGUAGUGAUACAGAAAAUUUAUCAAAUGAUGAGGCAUGGUUAUUAAAUUCGGCAAUAAGAGCAUUAUCUAAAGCAUUUCCUGGACAACUAAGUUGGAAGAGAAUGCCAAAGGAAUGCGGUGAAAAUUAUAUGGCACUUACAGGACCGUUGCCUGAUCUGAAAUCCUGGUCUGAUAAUGUCCCUUCUCCUUUGAGCACGAGAGUGAUGGAUUGGAGACCUUGUGGAAUGAUUUCUAGAAUUUGAUCAUCAUUACUUCAUAGUUAAUGUGAAAAUAUGUCUUGUAGUUAAAGAAGUUAAAUUAUUUUGAGAAUAUUUCAAACUAGUGUCCUGACAUUUAAUGUGCAUGCAUAGUGUGACACUCUUAA